AUGGCGGCGACGAGGGCGGCGAGCCGUUUCAUCAGCCGACGGCUCUCUAGCGGGGGGAAGAUCCUGAGUGAGGAGGAGAAGGCUGUGGAGAAUGUCUACAUCAAGGUCUGAUUCCUCACCUUGGUACAUUAUGUUUUGCGUCUUUCCAUCAUCCUCUUGAGCCACUUGUAUUAGGUCCGAUUCUUCUUCGGAUCAUGAUGGAUUCUUAUUUUCUGUGCUUUCAUAUGUGGAUGUUAAUGCUGUCACUAGGUUAGUUUUUCAACGUGCGCUAUUCACAAACCCUCGCUACGCUGUUUUUGUCGGCAAUUUAAUCGUUUCCGGGCGUUUCACAUCAGUAGAGUUCUAAAUGGUGGGGGUGCUUUGUGCCUUUUGGAGCCUAGGAUUAUGUAGCUUGUCCCCUUCUAGAUUAUGGAUUCACAUGAGGAGCUCGUUGUUUUUUCUACUGCGUUUGUUCAUGAGUGAUUUAUCCGUAGGCGCGGACUGUAUAUUUGGGCUCUUAUUUUUUCAGUAAUGCCUGAGGUCUUUGGGCGCUCGACCAAUAUAUACUGAAUGCCUGUCAUUUUAUUUGCGUGAAUUUCGGCUUAUGUUCUACUAUGCCCGAAUUUUUUGGGGCAGACGUUUAUUCACUUUAGAUCCUCAUUAAGCAUCCUUUGUUGAACCGAUUAAGUUAUUUAACGUACUUUUGCGUAAUGAGAACCCCUUCCCUUGUCCUCUGUGUACAUGGAACCUAUCAUUCUGUUAAAAGUAAGGUUGCCUUAUUUAAAUGCUAACACCGAUGAGCAUUGACUUCUUUUCUUGCAUCAUUGGUCAUAUCAUUUUAACAAGGCAGGACAAUUCGCCGCGGUGUUAUGGUAUCUUGGGUGAGCCACCAUGGUUUUAUGGGUUAUACUGAGUUGGUGUCGUAAGACAUUGGCCGAAAAAUUUUAGUACGUGGAGAAAAUGAGUACGUCGGCCAUAUUAUUUAAGAAUUGAAAACCAGCUGAUGAUCAUGGCGUUCCUGAAGGAUACAAGCAUGUGCAGAUUUAAUCGCAGUUGAUCUGGAUAAGAUAAGAAAGGAAGUUAUCAGUAACCAACCUUUUCAUCACUGACCGUAAGAGUGUUACAUCUCAAGGUCAUGCUCUAGUUUCUCCUCAAUCAAUAGCAUAUCUCAUGCACACGUUGAGGAUGUUCAAGUUAUUAGUGGCCUCAUUAUGAUUUGGAAAGAUGACCGACAGGAAAUAGUCAUGUUCAUGAUUUGGCAACUGGUUCUUAAGUCAACUCGCCUAUUUUUUUAACAUUACGCAAUCUGCUAAAUGGGUUUAGAUGGUGCCUGAAUUUAUAUUUUUUAUUUUAUUUUCAUAUGGAUAUGCUGAGUGGAUAUUCUUUUCCUUUGUCUUAUUCUGUAAGGCAUCCAGGUGCGGUGCUCCGUCAAUUUAUAACUUUCAGAUUGAUUACAUGCCAUUACAUUAGGAAAUCAAUCUUAUCACGUAGCUUUGGAAAUUAUAAUAUAUUUGGUCUUCUUUAUUGCUUAUGCUCUCAAAUCCCAGAUUCUGCCCCAAAAAUUCGUGGUUACCAGAUACUCACUGGGUCCGCCAUGCAAUGUAAAGAAAUCAGGCUGACUUGGCUGAUGCCCAUUGCUUUUUCUCUGAUGUUCAUCACUUCUCUCGUGAAUUCUGAGGGAGCAACGACUUUUAACUACGCACCAGUACUGGUCGCUGUUCAUGGUGUUGACACGAACCUGCUUCAUGCUGUUGCAGAAACUCGAGCAAGAGAAGUUGGAGAAGCUCGCUCGGAAGGUGCGGUCGUACGAAGCUUUCUGAUAAUUUCCUCUGCAUCAUUCAGUCAUCAAGUUAUAUAACACGCUCCCAAUGCUCAUACAAUCACCAAGAAUGGAAAAAAACGAUGGCAGAACUCCUCAUGAAUGAUUACUCGAACAAACCCACUCACUGUUCAUGAGAAAUUUCUUCUUACCCGCGAAGAUCUUCUUCUCACAUCAUAUCAAGCCCACUCUUAAAUAGUCUCAUCGGAUCCUCAUCAUCUUCCUCCAUAGAAUCACAAGGUUCACGAUGAUGGAUGCAGGGUGUGAAAUCAGAAGCUCCGGCCACAUCAUCGGACACAGCGACACCUGCAGCCAAUGCUGCAAGCGGCUCAGCGGGAUCCUCCACCUCCAGGGGCGUUUCCACCGACAAGAACAGGAACUACGCCGUGCUGGCCGGCACAGUGACUGCACUCGCCGGGCUCGGCUGGUAUCUCAGCACCAGAGACAAGAAGACGGAGGAAGCCCAGGACUAG